UUUCGCUCACUCUCUCUCCGUGUCGCUGCUGCCCGCCCGCCGCCUCCCCUUUUCUCAUCUUCCUCACCCACCCCUUUCUCUCCGUCUCCUCGUCCCUGCACCUCAGUCUGCUUGUGUUGUCUCGGCGGAUUGUUGGACUGUGGGAGAGAAAGGAUAUCGCGAGUAUUGGAGUUUUGGUGAGAGUUUGUGGAAGAUGGCGCCUGUUGUGACAGGGAAGUUUGGGGAGCGCCCUCAGCCACAGCGCCUAACAAGAGAAGCCAUGCGGAAUUACCUAAAAGAAAGAGGAGACCAAACUGUCAUGAUCCUGCACGCGAAAGUUGCACAGAAAUCCUACGGCAAUGAAAAAAGGUUCUUUUGCCCCCCUCCCUGUGUGUACCUAAUGGGCAGCGGCUGGAAGAAAAAGAAGGAGCAGAUGGAGCGUGACGGCUGCUCUGAACAAGAGUCCCAACCCUGUGCCUUCAUAGGCAUCGGCAACAGCGACCAGGAGAUGCAGCAGCUCAAUUUAGAGGGAAAGAACUAUUGCACAGCCAAAACCUUGUACAUAUCCGACUCCGACAAGAGAAAGCACUUCAUGUUGUCUGUGAAAAUGUUCUACGGCAACAGCGCAGACAUUGGCGUCUUCCUCAGCAAGAGGAUCAAAGUCAUCUCCAAGCCCUCCAAAAAGAAGCAGUCCCUCAAGAAUGCAGACCUGUGCAUCGCAUCAGGGACUAAAGUGGCACUGUUUAACCGUCUGCGCUCCCAGACCGUCAGCACGCGCUAUCUGCACGUCGAGGGCGGGAACUUCCACGCCAGCUCACAGCAGUGGGGCGCCUUUUACAUCCAUCUAUUGGAUGACGAGGAGUCUGAGGGGGAGGAGUUCACUGUGAGAGACGGUUACAUCCACUAUGGACAGACAGUCAAGCUCGUGUGCUCUGUCACCGGCAUGGCCCUGCCCAGACUGAUCAUCCGUAAAGUGGACAAGCAGACGGCGUUGCUGGAUGCCGAUGACCCUGUCUCCCAGCUCCACAAGUGUGCCUUCUACCUGAAGGACACCGAGCGCAUGUACCUGUGCCUUUCCCAAGAAAGGAUCAUCCAGUUUCAAGCCACUCCAUGCCCAAAGGAACCAAACAAGGAGAUGAUCAACGAUGGCGCCUCCUGGACAAUCAUCAGCACGGAUAAAGCUGAAUACACUUUCUAUGAGGGAAUGGGCCCAGUCCACUCUCCUGUCACCCCUGUGCCUGUGGUGGAAAGCUUACAGCUAAAUGGUGGUGGGGAUGUAGCCAUGCUGGAGCUGACAGGGCAGAACUUCACUCCACAACUCCGGGUUUGGUUUGGAGACGUUGAGGCAGAGACGAUGUACAGGUGUGCGGAGAGCAUGCUGUGUGUGGUGCCUGACAUCUCUGCGUUCCGUGAGGGCUGGCGCUGGGUGAGGCAGCCCGUGCAGGUGCCUGUCACUCUGGUGAGGAACGACGGCAUCAUCUACUCCACCACACUCACCUUCACCUACACCCCAGAGCCAGGGCCCCGACCACAUUGCAGCGCCGCAGGGGCCAUACUGCGCGCGGGCAACUCCAGCCUCCUGAACAACAGCAGCCAGGACCCCCCUAAUGUGUACGGCCCUGCUGGUACCAACCCCGGGGUCACAUCCACCUCCUCCACCGCUGCAGCUGUGGUCUCCUAACGCACAACUCGGCACACACAGACUGCAAAGGACUUACAGACUCCCUCAAAGUGCUGAAUUUUUGGAUGCAAAGAAAAGGUGGGGCAGUGGAGCAGGAGGGGGCGAAAGAAUCCCACUCCUGCCCGUCCACUUCCUGUUGGAGGCGGGCUCAGAGCACCAGCACCUUUUAUAGCUGUGAGAACAUCUGCCGCCAAAUACAUCCCACAUGUUGGGAACGCCGCUUUAGCCCCGCCUACCACUUGUUUUAUACUGUUCCCAUUGUGGUUUCCCAAGCAGGUGGAUGUGAUGUUGUCAGAUGCAGAGGGACACACAAAUGUGCCGAUUGCAUAGUUUUUAUGGACCAAGGAUCUUGUAUAAGCUUUAGUAAAGGUACAUUUUUCUCCAUACCUUUUUGUAUUAAACAUAUAGUACACUUUUGUUACCAAAUAGUUUCUACUCUUCCUCUGAGCUCGGGCGCUGUUCCCUGGUCCAGAAUCCCAGCCUGUAUUUUAUGUGAACUUCCAAACGCCUGCUCCCCCAGUGCUCAGAAGUUCACUUUUCUUUUUGAUACUCUCUUCUUCUGUUGGGAAAUCUCAAGUCUUGGUUGUGUAUUUACAUAAGCGAAGGUUGUUUUGUUUGUUUUAUAAUUGGGGAAUAACCUCAGAGGGCCUAUUUUUAUCAUUGGUUUUUAUGAAGUCUUUAAAAGAAAAGCUUUAAGCAAUGCCUCUGCCUUGCCUGCAAUACUAUUACAUGGCUAUGUCUCUUAAAGUACUGUCCAUCUGACAGGAGCCAUAGCAGAACCUAGAACAAGACUUCCAUGGUUACGAGACAUGUUCAAACUAAUGUAAUAAGUAGUCAUUGACUCAAACUAGCCUUAGUACUGUAUAUUGACUGUGUACACAGUGGACCCAAUCACAUAUCUAAUGGCCUGUAUCUGUCGCUCUGUUGGUCACUGUACAAGUAUCAGUAACAUGGAGGACUGUGGUGGCGCUCUCACUGCACCUGCAGGGGGCGCUCUCGCUGCACCUGCAGGGGGUCUUCCAGUGUGCUCCGCUUCAGACACUCUUCUCCAAAGUGGGGUGUGAUGAACAGACACUUUUCAAUUUGAUGUGGCCUUACCGAUAACUUCAAUUUCCAAAUGUGUCACCUUCUCUCUGCUGUUUACUCACCGUGGAAGAACCUGUGCGUAGCACAGACACGCUGUGGCCUGGCCUCUUCUCAGCUGUUGUGCCGAGCAGCCUUCUCUUCAGUGUAAAGUCAAACCUGUUUUUAUGACCAUGCGGUGCGCAGCACCUUCACUUUGGUACAGUAUCUGUGAGUCAGCCUUCUAGCCUUUACAAAGCUCCUGUGGUUUUCUCUUUGCUCAAACUUACACUAUAUGUACAUGUAAAGUCACUGUUCCGUAGUUGCACUCACAGCACCUCCUGUUGGAGUUAAAAGCCUUCUAACUGUAUUGUUGAAUAUUGCAUUUCCAACAGCAAUACUGUACAGGUCAUUUGUGUUUCAUUGUUUGUCCGCCUGAGCACUAGUUCACCAGCCAGCAAAUAUAAAUAUAAAAUAUAUAUAUGUAUGUGUGCGUAUGCGUGUGUCUUGCAUAGUUGCUGUAAUGGAAAAUUGAGUCAGACUCGCUCCAUUUCAAAGUGUGAAUCCCAAAAACAAACUUGAGACUUGUGUCUUCCACCAGAACCUAAAUGUCUGCUCCAGGCAAACACACAUUCAGAGGCAAUACAUACACGUCCACAGUAUUAAGUCCAUCUGAGUCCAACUCCACAGGACGAGGUCUGCUGUCACUUGAAUGUCUGUUUAAUGAAGUCCUUCAAUAUGUCAAACCAAGCCUUGAAAUAAGAGAAAGAACAAACUGGAUUUGCUUGUAAAAAGAAAGUCAGAUUAAGUUAUGCCCCACAUGUCAAUUAUUAAUGUUAUAUGUUUUAUAUUGUAUAUUUUUUAAAUUAUUGGUACUCCCUUGUCCCUUUGUCUUAUGUCACAAAGAAGUGCAUUAUGGCCCUUGCUGCCUGUUUGGCCUGGGAGUGCAGUGAGUCCACCACUCCAGACGGUGCUGCAGCUCCAGUGUAGCAUCCUGAAACAUAAAGUCUUCUUCACGUUGCCCUUUUACGAGGCCAACUAUUUGAACCCUUUACUCUGCACACGGUCUCCAAAUCUUAAACAAACUUGUUUCUUUUGUUUCAUUUAAACUCAAUUUGACCACUUCCCCUCCACCUUCAGUAACUGUUGUUUACAUGUGGAGCAGUGUUUCCCCAUUCUUCACACUUGUUUCGGACACAUGGUUACAUUGGCUCUCCGGGGGGCGAUGCGUAUGAGUGCGUUGUCCUGACAAUCUGAGCUGGUUUACAGUUUGAACUAAAGGAAUUUCUGUAACUCUUUAUAAUAACUACACUUUAAUAAGCUAGUAAUGGCAUGAACACAAACUUUAUUCAUAGAAAUUACUGAAAGGUCCUGUAUUGGACAAAAUUGACACUUGUGAGCUUUUAGUUAUGUUACCUCAGAAACACACCUGAAGUUGUGUUUAGUUUCAUUCACAUGUUUGAGUAACACAUUAUUAUUAAUUUGUCUCUAAAUGUCUAAACCUCAAAAUACCCUGUUCCACCUUGUGAUGUCAUGUAGUGGUAGUUUUCAAGUUAACAAUUACCUUUUGUUCAGUAGCGAUGGGUAAUUCCGGGGCUGAAAUCAUCCAAAUGAUUCCAGUGAACAUGUAUCCAGUUUAAAAACACAGUGGAGUAUUUCCUGUAUUGCCACGUUACAUCACAAGGUGAACCAGAGUGUUUGAGUGUUGUCUGUUCGAGAGAAGAAGCCCAAAUAUGCAGGGUUUGUCUGUUACACGUGUGAAUGAAACAAAACACAACUCCAGGGAUGUUUUUGAGGAAACAUUAUAAAAUAUCAUAAUAUGGGCCAUUUAAUUACUAGCUGCCUCCAACUUCAAACUUCUUUAUUAAAUAGUUACUAAUUAUGAAUCAUUUUAAUAAACAAUUUGCCCGUGCUAUACUGAGCCUAAAUAAACUGUAAUUAUUAUGAAGUAGUACCGAAAUGUUCUGUUUAAAAAGGGGUGAUGAUGUUACAUGCCUUUUUGCUGUAUUCUUCACACACUUACCGCUUCUCUCUCUCUCCACGCGUUUAUCAUGUACUCUACUUCCGAAAGCAGCUGUUCAUUUGUGUUAUUGUUUAUUUUUAAUGAGCUCUGAACAAUGUAUGUAUCCUCUAAUAUGCCAAAUGUCUUUUUAUAAUGUAGUUUUCAUGCACUGCUAAACAAAACAGGGCAGAGUGAGUGGCAGCUUUAAACUAUUAAAAAAACUAAAGAGUGUGGAGUCCUUUUGUCGCACUCAGCCUUAUACUUCUCCUUAAAGACUUUCAUGGCUGUUUGCACUAGACGCUACCAUUAACUUCUUUCCAGACUUUUCAACAAUACUUUCAUGUGUACAUUUGGAAUAUUCUCGCUUAUUUCCUAUACUUCCGAUACUGUCUUCUUGCAUAGCUUGGAUUCACUUUUUUCCAUGUUCCGGCUCGUCACUUCUUCCUACACUCACUGUAAUAAUGUAUUGAACUAGUAAAGUGGUGCGCCGAGGUGUCGUUGUGGUAGAUAUGCUCAAAAGGGUUGCUGAUGGUAGAAACCUGUGCCGUUUGUUAACAUUUAGCAAUAAAUAAACAAAAGGGGACUCUUUUUUUUUUUUUUUUUUAUAACAUUAGUUUGUUUUUGUACAUAUUGCAGCUCCAGACCAUGCUCAAAUCUGUAUGUCAUUAAAAGAAGAAAAAAAUGAGAAAAAACUUGCAAUAUUGGCAUAAAAAUGAGAAUAAAAACGUGAUAUAAAAUGUUAA